AUGGUUAGGUCUAGAUCAAAUCAUAAUAAUUGCUUCCUGGUGUAUGUAUUCAAGAAACUAGACAGGGAACAACCAUAUUAUGAAAUCCUUUACAACAUUUUGACUCAUGGAAAGAAGAACAAGACUUGCACAUUUAAUGAGACCCGCCUGAUGGAUACAAUGCAAAGAAACCAAGAGCUUUACGUACACCAGACUCAUCAACACAAGUGCAUAAAAAAGACUCACUAA